GCAGGUGAGCAGCGCCAGCAUCGCUCGCUCUCUCUCCGUCUCUCUCAUUUUACGCGCAGACUGUCCGCCGUAGCGCGCCGAGCAGACAUGGGCAAACUGCAAGAAUUUGACAUCACUUUCACCAACAACAAGGUGGUCUACAGCCCGGGGGAGUCUAUCACCGGAACGCUCAAAAUACGCACCGCCAACUCGCUGCAAUACAAAGCGAUCAAGGUGAGCUGCCAGGGCUCAUGUGGAAUCUCCAACAAAAUGAAUGAGGCGACCUGGGCUGUGGAGGAGCAGUACUUCAACAGCACCCUGUCUGUGGCCGAUAAGGGGACGUUACCCUCCGGAGAGCACACUUUCCCAUUCCAGUUCGUCAUUCCAGCCGCUGUGCCAACGUCGUUUGAAGGACCGUUUGGGAAGGUCGUGUACCGCGUGAAGGCGGCCAUCGACACGCCACGCUUCUCUAAAGACUACAAAGCCCACCGCCAGUUCUACCUCCUCAACAUGCUCAACCUGAACCACGUGCCCGCCAUAGAGCACCCGAGCUUCGCUGUGGUCACUAAGAAGUUUAACUACAUGCUGGUGAAGACGGGCACGCUCAUGCUCAAGGCCCACAGUGACCUGAGGGGCUACGUGCCAGGACAGGUCAUCAAACUGUCCACAGAGAUCCACAACAAGUCUGGUAGUGACUGUGGUGUGUUUGUGUGUUUGUUCUGUCCUGUGCAGAAGGUGACGUACCGGACAAAGCGGCCAGUGAUGGACCUGCGCACCAUCGCGGAGGUGGAGGGGGCGGGCGUGAAGGCGGGGAAACACGCCGAGUGGAGAGAGCAGAUCAUAGUCCCUCCUCUGCCUCAGUCGGAGCUCGUCGGCUGCAGCCUCAUCCACAUCGACUACUUCAUUCAGGUAUCGCUCAAAUCCCCCGACACUGUUGUGACCCUGCCCAUCUACAUCGGGAACAUCGCCGUGAACCUGUCCCCAACCAGACUCCCAGACCCCGCCUCCUCCAGCGCCGUGGCUCCCAGCGCUCCGCCCUGUGAGGACGACCUGGACGACCUGUGUGCGGGGGGCGUGGCCAACGAGGAGAUCCCCACCAAGAGUCACUCCCAGCAGGACCCCAACGGGCAGCCCGUCACCCUGUCUCCUGGAGCCGCGCUGCCCCCUGGAGGCCUGUACCCUGACCUGUCCGCACAGCUCUUCUGUUUGUCCACGGGGGCCACCAUCCCCUUCUUCACCGAGGGAAGUGACAUCACACCCAUCCCCACGUCCUGCUCCCUCAUCCUGCCCCCCGAGUACAGCAGCUGGGACUUCCCUCAGGAACCCCCUCCCACAUACGAGGAGAGCUGCAGUACGGCCAACUCCACUCCUGUCAACAGCAGACAGUAGACCGGACCUGUUUGGACCCCUUUGGACCAAUCAGGACGCAUACUGUCUGGGUGCAGGCCGCCACUCCAAAGACUCCAUGACUUUUGAAUAUUAUUCUCACCAACAGCAGGUGAACUACACUGUGCCUACGCCGGGAGAACGGGCUCAUAUGGGAUAGUUUUGGUUCUACUUUGAUGCCUUCAGAAAUGUGGAGUACAAUGACAUGAAAUUCAUGUUGUUUUGACUUUUCGUUGUUUUGUCUCUCUGUAAGGACCAAUGGAAAUGCUUCUUUUAGAUCUUAGAGUAGAAUUUCUAAUAUAAAUUUCAAUGAAAGCAAACUAAAAUUAAAUCAGCACAAACAUUGAAAAGCAGUCAUUCAUUCUUAAUGUUAGAAAAACAGUUUUGGUGUAAUGUUGGAAGUUUUUUGUAAACCAAAGCACACUCCAGGACAGAUGAUCAGCAAAAAUAUUGUUAUCUAAAUGUAUUAAAGAAAAAAAAACAACAAAAAAACAUGGUCCAGCUUCAAGUAUUUGAGAGCCCUCUUGUGGAUGUUUUCUGUAAAUUACAAGCUGCACAUUACUAGCUACAAGAAUUAUGAAACUGCAAUAUUCAUUUCGUAUCUUGUAUGUAUCUUAAAGGCCCCAUGCUCAUUUUAAAGGGUCUAAAAUUAUUACGCUGUUUUCUAAUCUGUGUUAUAAUGUUGUUUCCUUAUCACAAACAUACAUGACAUCACAAGGUGGAAUAGAACAGUUUGAGUUUUGGAGAUGUAGACAAAGUAAUAAUGCAGGAUUACUGAAACAUGUGGGAAUGAAACAAAACACAACUCCAGGUUUGUUUUUAAUGAGAUGACAGCAUUAUAACAUGGAUUAAAUCUUAUAAGAGUCAAUUUUGUGUCAUGUAGGACCUUUAUUUUUCUUCAAUCCAAUGAACUGCAUCAGAUCAGCCAACCAGGUGUUUUACUAUCGUCUAUGGGAUUAAAUAUUUCUGUCUAUCAUCUAUUCCCCAUAUGCUGCGUAUAUUUUUGCUUUCAUUCUUUGACUCUGAGCAAAACAGAACAACCGUGGCCUUAACCUUAUGUUUUGUUGCACAGCAUUGUUAAAAAUAGCUCAUCAUUAAGUGAUUUAUUUUUAGGUUUCGUAGUUGGACCUGAAGUAAAAUAAUUUGAAGUUUGAGAUAACUGUGAAACUCCAAAGCCCAAGCCUGCCGGGAUAACUGGAUCAGCCUGUACACUGCACUCCAAAUUUGAUGAAUAAGACAAAAAAUGUGAAUGGUUUUUUUUUUAUUAACAUUUAAAUUUCAUUUACAUGUUUUUUAUGUCUCCAAAAAGGGUUUCCUGCACAAAACGUUGGGACAGAAAUCAUUUGGAAGUGUGUAAGAGACUAGUUUUAGUAAUUAGUUUAGGUCAUUUUAAUUGAAAUCCAGCAACCCAACAAUAUUAUAAAAUAGACACACAAGUUUCAUGCAUAUUUUCUAUUAUUUCCACAUCCCAAAGCCUCAAUAUUUGUCAAACUAAUUUGUAUUUUGUCUGCUUCUAUAAACCAGGAGUGUGAACAACAGGCCUAUUAACUGCAGGGAGUAAUGUCAUAUAGAUAAGACCCAUUUACAAACCACUUUCUCAAAACCCUUUUAUCAAACUGUUUGCAAGUGAAAUCAUUUUUGUCUUAUCUCUUGGGACCGUUUGUGCACAAAUGUAGCUAACUCAAGGACAAGGCCGUCACUGGAAUGUGUGUUAUUUGUUAUAAUUCUUUUAGAUGAUGUGCAAUGAGUGUUUUGACCCUAUGUAUGUAAUCUCAUGCUGCUUUAUUUCAAACUUAUAAUCUUUCUUAUGGUACUAGAGCUUUAUGAACCCUCAUUUGUUCUGUUCUUUUUGUUGUUGUUGCUUCAUUUCUCUUGUUUUAUUGUUUAUAGUCACAAAAUACAAAUUAUUAUAUCACCUCUAUGAGAAAUGUAUCUUGAGAGUAGGCCUACAGUAAUUUGUACUGUGAAGUGUAAAAUAAAAGAUUUUUAUAAACAAAAAUG